AUGCCACUCAUAAUACUCACCGGAUACCCUUGCUCCGGGCUCACUUACCGCGCCGAUCAACUCUCUACGCUUCUCAAAGACCUCCAACGCCCCGCAGCGACACCGGACGCGGAGGCGCAACCGCAAUCGCAAGCUGAAAAGGGUCGCUAUAAAAUCCACAUCGUCUCAUCGCAUGAUGUGUCUCAUCCGCGAACGGUGUACGAUGCUGCUCGAUCGGAGAAGGAAGCUCGCGCCGUCGUGUACGGGCGGGUAAAAAGACUUUUGGGGAAGGAUAGUAUAGUGAUUGUCGACGGGAUGAAUUACAUCAAAGGCUGGAGAUAUCAGCUGUGGUGCGAGAGCAAGGCGGCCGGUACGACAUGCUGUGUGGUUCACGUUGGAACGCCGAUAGACCAAUGUAUCGAAAACAACGAAGCCCGCCUACACCGAGCAAACGAAGAAGACUCUCAGAAUAUAGACAAAGAUACCCGUCGAUCGAAAGACGCUGAAGAGCCCUACCCACCCGAGCUCCUACAAAACCUCAUCUUCCGCUACGAAGAGCCCUCCACAUCCAGCCGUUGGGACAAACCACUGUUCACCGUUCCCUGGUCUGAUCCUACACCACCCGUAGAAUCUAUCUGGACAGCCUUGACUGGCCAAACAAUAUCCCAUCCGACAACCCCCUCUCCUAACCUAACCACGACCACAGCUCCCUCCGAACAAGCCCUCCCGACAGCCGUCACCGACGCUCCAUCCGCCGCAACCACAACCCCACGCUCCCGCAUCUCCCGCCCCAAAAUCGUCCCCCAUCAAGCAACCAUGCAACCACCCACCACCGAUCCCGGCGCCCUCUACGCCCUCGAAAAACGCACCUCCGAAAUCAUCACGCACAUCCGCAACUUCACACAAUCCCACCCGACCAUCUCCUCCCUUGGCGUGUCAAGCACCCUGACCGAUCCCAUGGCGCCCGGAAUUUCCAUCCCGAUACCCGACGUUUCCACGCCCGUGUUCAUCCCGAGCUCUGCGCUCGCAGCGUCGCCAACGGAGGAACUUGCGGGGGCGGGCGGGGUGUUGGCGCUCCCACGACUGCAGAGGCUGCGGAGGCAGUGGGUGGGGAUGAAUCGGGCGUAUGUUGGGAAGGGACCGGGCUCAUUGGAUGGGGAGCAGGUGGGCGAGGCGUUUGUGAGGUUUUUGAACGGCGAGUUUGAAGGGAUGGAAUGA